UUUAAAUGAAUAAUAUGGGAGCGUCAACCUUCUCAAAAUAUUUGCAACGUAACGACGGAAUUUCUUCUUAUUUGUUGAAGUGUAAACAGAUAUUGGCUUUUAUGAAUGAGACGUUGAACCCAUGAGCUCUAUGUCAGGAACCUAUAAGCUCUAUACAGUGUGUGACAUUUACGCAGCAUGACUAGAUGAGGAUUAAUCUAGAUUGUCUGGUGACGAGGUUUCUACGUUGGUGAGAGGACUAAUUCCAUCAUGUCUUCUAGCAGUGGAUCAUCAAGAUCCAGCUCACGAUCUGCUUCAGCCCACAAGAAAGAGGACAGCUGGUAUUCCUUGGUCCCUGAGCAGUUUGAGUUGGUCUCGUCUCCUUCACCGGUCAAGCGAUCUGUUAGUAGUCGGUCUUCUGCUGGCAUGAGUAGUCGCUCAUCUUCGCAGAGUUCCAUCCAGUCCACUAGUAGUCUCAAUUCUUCGGCCAAAAGAGCCAAAUCUGAUAAACAAGGUGUAGAUCCAAUAGCAGCAAUCGCUGCAGUCAGUGCAGCCAAUCAAAGCAAGACGUCAGUCCCGCAAGGAGAUGCCUACCACCUCCCUGCAGUUGACUUCCAAGACAGUCGGGAUUCAGGUCAAUUUGAAGAUCUCCCACUCACCUCGGCCAUGACGGGAGGAGUCACUAAGGAAGGGUACCUCUUCUCCACCGAGGACGAAGGAUCUGAGUUCCGAUACAGCAGCAGUGAGACGGACAUUCUCUUACCCCAGUCUGAAGAUGGGGGUGAUACCCUGGAUGGGACGGACCCUGGGGAGGAUGAUGGGGAGGCGAGGAGGGAUGCUCUCCAUGAUGCCAUUGCUGAGGUCUCUGCUGAUUUUGUGAGUGGGAAUCUGUCGGUGUCACUUUCACAACACACUCUGGAGACUACGUCUCCUCAUAAGGAGUCUCUGAAGUCAGAAGUGACAAUUCUUGACAGAGUGACUGAAGCUAGUCAUCAUGAUAGUACUGGCAGUAACACUACAGGACCUGAGUUAUCACAACAUCUCAUUCCACAAGAUCCAAACAUUCCUGACCUUACUCAGUACUCCAUUCCUGGCCAAAGUGCUGUUGAUUCACCUGAGCAUCUCCUCGGAGAAAGUGUGUCAUUACCGGAACAUUCCAUGUACCAAGACUCCCAGUUGUCCACGGGAGUGCUAGGGAAGUCAGAAACAGGAAUUGAGAGGAUGGUAGACCAACGGGAUCAUGAUUCUACGAGAAGUAGAGAUAGCCCAACCAGAGCCAAGCAGUCGUUUCUGUCUCCAGCACCACAAGAUCCAGGUCAGCUGUUAAAUGAGGAGUCUUUGUCCAACUUUAAGGAUAUGACGAGUAUAAACAGUGACUUUAUUGCUGUCACCGACAAGAAACCAAAGUACACCUCAACCCCCUACUAUCCAGUCCAGGACGACCCAAUCACUAAAAUCAUCCCGCCUUCUGAAAAGGUUGGUGGAAGCUCAAAACCAGUCGGAGCGAAGACAGGUAUUCAGAAGGCCUCAUCUCCUGGCCACUCUUUGACGGAAACGGAUGGGACUUUGUCAACAACAGGUACUUCUUCAAACAAAGGAGAGAGCUCCAGAAGCACCACAGGUGUCUGGAGCGAGGAUUCUAUCAGCCCAUCUCUUGUGGCGAAGAGUUCCAGUUCUCUCAGAGGAUCUCAUGUACAGCUGCCUCUUGAUCUAAAUAAUUUAGAACCCAUUAAUUUGACACCAGUAGUGCAUGCCAAACCAGGUUCUGCACACAGCCUGCUUGCAUCGGUUGAAGGUCCAGAGACUUUAACAAUGAAGAGUAAAGGAGGAUCGGUCAAGAGAAAUAAUUCUAGCAGUUCAUCUGGAAGUUCAUCUUCAACAAAACCUGAACUUACUCAUUCAAGAACAACAAAGAAGCUGAAACAGACAAGUCCAGCAAAGAAAAGUCCAGUAACAAAACUUCCCGCAAAGACAAUCGACAAGAAAACACAAAGCUCAAAUUCUCAAAAGAUAAAGUCUACAAAGAAUGGGGAAAGUAGCACAGAGUCUGAUGGAUCUGUAAAGAACAGUUCAGCAUCCGAAACAUCUAGCACCAAGAUUGCUAGAUCCUACAUCCAAUAUCCACAUGAUUUGCAAAGUGUAACUCCAGAUGAAAUGCAACCCGUCAAUGUUAACACAAAGGCGGAUUCACCCAGUCAUUAUAACGUCAAUGAAACUGGCACAGAGCUAAUCGGGGACUCGCAGGAUUUAAAAGAUGUUUACAUGCCUCAAACCAAGACUGUGGAAGGAAGACAAGAAACAACUGUUACUCGUAAAUCCAGACAGGAGGAGCUAGGUGCUGUUGUCUCACUCAGCAGUCUUGAUACUGUUCAGAGUCAAGACUCUCUUUCAAGGAGAGUUGCUCUGCUACUUUCAGCAACAUCACUGCCUGGUGAACAUCACAUAUUGAAAAGGACUCCAUCUGAGGAUAGCGGCAGCUUCACAAGUGAGGCAGGCUCUCCGGACAGUAUUGAGAAUAUUCUGGAAUCCAGUUCCAGCCACAGAUCAAGAAAAGUAAGAAGUCUUGGAAACCAAACCCCUGAUUCCGCGAGGACUGGUUCAUCUGAGAGUGUUGGUGCUGACUCUCUUGCUGACAAGGUAGAGCAGAUUCUAAACGAGCCACAAACCCUGCCAAGUGUAUCACCGCAGUCGAUGCAUCCAAGAAUCCCAAGGGGCACUUCCCCAACCAUCUCAGAUGCUAGCACCUCCAGUUCUGUGAGAGCAAUAAUUGAGAGAGUUUUGCAUCCAACAAACGGUGGAGAACCAAUUCAACUUCCAGAGAGAGGUUACACCCAAAGUCCGACUGCUGUUUCUCUUACUACUUGGGAUGCAUACACUGACCAGCAAACGGCAUCGCUCUCUAAGAGUAUGACAAUUCCUUUGGCAUCAUCAGACAGCCGUGACAGGAGUGAAACUACUCCUCAGCCCACAAUGCAGGUUGGGUAUGAUCAAUUCGGAAGCGCCUCCAGCAGGCAGCCACAGGCUGGUUAUAGAGAUGGGUCUAGUUACAUAUCGUCAGAUUCCCUGUCACGCAGAGUCCAGCAGCUGUUAGAAAACACAGCCUAUGUGGAGAGGGCUUCUGCUGGUGCAGAUGUGGCCAGGACACCUCUCAUCGGAGACUCAACAGACCUACUGCAAAGAAAUUACAAUAACAGUGGUUCAGAUACUUCCUCGGUGAGCCCUACUUCAUUACACAGCUACCAACAACAGAGAGUAGAACUAGAUGGAACUAAUUCUUCACAAAGAUCUUUUGGGCUUGGGCAAGCGGAACUUAGCAAUGGGACCACUCCAAGAGAUCCUUAUGGAGAGAGCAUAGAGAGUAUGGAUUCACUGGCAAGUAGAGUUCGAGCAAUACUAGCGAAAAAUCCGCCUCAGGAGCAUGUUCUAAGGAUCCUGCAAGAAGCCGCUGUUUUGGAUGCUGAGCUGAGACUGGCAGAGAUGCAGAGUCAAGAGCAGAGUUCAGUUAGUCUUGCAACCUCUCACAUGAGUGCUGAAGAAGUAAGGAAGCCUUCCCCAAUGUCUCAAUAUGCAGAACCACAGGAGGGACAACCCUUUGGGGCUUUAAGCUAUGCACAACAAUUAUUAGCAUCUCAACUACAAAGAGUCACAGACAGAACUUUUGAUCACAGUGUUGAUUAUUAUAAACGUCCUCAACCAAGUGUACAGCAUACAGAAACGAGUCUUGCAGGUCACCAUGUAAAUCAACCAUCAAAGGAGGCUUGGACAAGAGAUGCAAAUACAGGUCCGUCUCAGCAGCUGGUGUAUGGUCUCUUACCCAAUCAGGCCAAGGAGCCUUACUAUCUCCAUCAAGAAGAGGAGCAUCAGCAGUUGCCCGAGGAAAGGCAAGCUGGGGAGGAUGAGGAUGAAGAGGAGUUUCCAUCUGAUGAUAUGGGAAUGCAUCGAUCACAUUCUUCGCCAGAAAUAGACCUGACAAAAUUUCGAGCCAAAUCAUACGCCAGGCAAAUCUCAGAACGAUCACAGUUCACUGGGUCUUUAGAAAGGGCCAGCCGAAGAAGGAGCAGGGAGGCAAAGGAAAAGGCAAAGAUGACCAAACGAGAUCUUCGCCCUAGUCCUCUUGUUACACAAACAAGUGGCAGCAGUCGAAUACCAAUACCGGCUCGGGAGUACCAGCGCUCGACAUCUAGGGAAAGCGAUCAAUCAAGAAGCCCCGAGAAGUCACCUCUGCAAAAGUCCCCCCAAGAGUUCAGGCAGCAGAAUGGUCAAUCUGUGGCAUCCUCAAAGCAUGACAGGAGCAGAGGAAGUGAAAAGUCUCCGGGGAGCUUCAUCAGGCCAUACAAACCACCGGGAAGCAGCGAAGUAAUGUAUACUUACCCCGUGAAUCAGGAGGAUUCAUUAACACCAAGCAGCAAAACCACACUAGAGAGCAGUCAUAUUGGUUCUGAUGAUGCUCUACCUCCGUCAUUCCCAGUCAGUGCAUACGGUUCAAGGGACAGCCCUAAACACAUACGUUCACUUGAGCUCCCUGGUGUAGAUGCUGAAUUCAGACUCCAUGACCAUCCCCAAGACAACAAGCAGUCCCCAGCAAGAAGCCCUCGCUCACCCAAGUCCAAGAUCCCAAUGUCCAAACCUGAUCAGAGGAACAGAGACAGGCCAGCACGGUCGUACAUCGAGUACCCUAGUGAUCUGAAGAGUGUCAGUCCAACAGAGAGAGCCUUCUCUGGUGUAGAAAGCCCGAAGUCAGUGCUGCGUCCUGAAGCAUUUGCCGAUUAUCAACAGGAAAAGUCGACAGAGUUUUCUCAGGACCAGAAUGUUGUGGCCAGGUCCAGGAGAGUUCCUAAAAGUCAAGACAAAGAAACUGAAUCCCGGAGUUAUGGUACGUACUAUGACACCACUUCAAUGAAACAAAGAUAUGGUUUCAAGGCCCAAAACGGUGUCAUUAAGAAGUCUCCAACCAGCAAGAUACCUGUUAGAGGUGCAGGAGCAUCGCCAGAAGCUGCUUUGAUGUCUCGUGAAAUGGAACAUGAUGUGUUGGAAAGAGAAGACUUGACUAGAAGACCGCAACCCAGCAUAGGGAACCAAAGGCAUGAGGACUAUUCACCAGCGCGUCUUCCGAGGCUGCCAACAGACCAGGAGGUACAUGUACUCCCAGAAAGAAGUCAAUAUGCUGCUAGACCUGGAGGGUUGAAACAAGGAGGGAAGAUGCAAUAUGGGAGCCAGAUGACUGACCUACCGGGCACUUACAGUAGGCAAGUGCUACAAGAGGUCCUGCAGGAUGAGUCGGACCUCCAUGCUAGGGAUGCUAGGACUGAGAUGUGGGAUGAAUAUCAAGAGUACAAGACAAGACAGAGGGAUGAGAGCCAGUCUAGUCUAGACUCUGAGAGGAUUCAACGCAUGGCCAGCUUGAUGGCAGACCCUGCGAGACAUACUGUUGCAAACUGGGUCAAAGAUGAGACGGACAGUGGUGGUACUUCAUCAAGUGACACUCCCAGAGAGAGGAAGAGAUGGGAUAAGGAUCGACCGUAUACUCCAAGGAAGCAGCCACUGGAAGAUGAUGAUCGCAUUGAACCUCCAGCAGACGGAGCAUACAGUCCCGAUGAACUUCGACCCUCAACUCAAGUACAGACCAGGGCAGACCGACCGCCGACCCACAUUCCCAAGGCAGUGAGGAGACCUGUCACUAUGGAGAGAAGACCUCCAGCAGAUCCCAGCUCAAGAAGAGCUCCACCACAAGAAGCACUCCAACACGGAGACUCAUCCGAGGAACUCAGCAUCCAGUCCUUCAUCUCAGACCUGAGUCUGGAGUCAGAUCAACUCUACAAUCUCCUCGGGGAGCAGGGCGUGAGGAAACUCGGCUCCAAGCUGGCAAAGUUACAGCGGAAGAUCGAUCGGCAACGAGAACACCACAGGAGACGCUUAAAAGAACAUGAACUACCGACGCAGGAUGAGCAGAAACAGAAGAGUGCUCCUGUCAUGGCGAGCACGCCUUCCUCAUCAGCGGGAGAGAACAUUGAGGAUGAUAGGAAGACUCUGAGACCAUCUAUUCCUCCUGCAUCUGUCUUGAGUCCUGUCUUAGAGACAAGUCACGAUCUAGAGUCAUCGCCAGGAACCUCGGAGAGCACUUUGACAGAUCAGAGACAAUACUACCCCAAAAGAAUGUCAAGUCACAGGCAUAAAGAUGACUUUUGCGUCGCCUACAGUAGCAGCGAUGUGCAGAGUGAUGCUUUGUCGGAGGCUAGUGUUUCAUGUACGUGCAAGCCAAGAUUCAAGCGAUCACGUUCUUUACAUGAUAUCCAUGGUGUUGAGGAACCACACCAACCACAAGACAGACUGAGAGAUGACGUCAAUCAGAAAAGACGGAGGAGGGACGAGGAGAGUGUCAAGAUGAGAUCAAGGAAUAAUAGAGAGUCUCGACUGCCGACCCGGAUACCUGCUGGAACGAUGACUCCUGCUGUCAAAAGCUCUCAGAUACCUCAGAAAAAGAGGGGAACUGCUUUCACCGUUGAGUUUGGCACUCAGACAACCCCUGGUCUUAAGAACAAAGGAGGUGAGAAGACGACAAAGCAGCUUGGAGAAGCAGAAGGGAAAGAGAGCAUCUUCAGACAGCCAAGAUCAAGCUCAGAACCAAGCAAGGGACGAAGAAAGAUACCACAACGUGUCAGGGAAGCCCCAGUUACGCCAGCUGUUGCCUGGUUCCAGCCAAUCAGCAAGAAGAUGCCAUGGCAACAGGCUGAACCCAAACAACAGCGCCAACCACUCAGGGACAGGCAGCCAGUUGCAGGUCAAGGGUCACAGGGCAAACCCAGCCUACAGGAAGCCUUUGAGAGCAACCAGACGAUGUUUAUCUCUCGUUCCCGUGAGAGGCAGAAGAAGAUCAAGCUGGCUGCCGAGGAGCGUGAGAUGCAGAAACAGUUUGAUGAGGAAAGAUUUAAGUUAUUUCAGGAUAACCGCAGUAAGAAAGUCAACCCUCAGGCCCAUCCGUAUAGCGACCAACAUCAUAAGCCCAAGAAGAGAUUAAUGUCUAAGAAGGAGAUGAGGCAGCACACAGAGAAGGUGUACAACAAGUUACCAGAGGUUGUUCAACGAGAAAAAGAGCGUAAACGACAAGCAGCAAAUGAAACUAAUAGAAUUAAAGCACUGAUAUAUAGAAAGCAGUUGAGUGAUCGAUUAAAAAGCAAACCCUGGACAGGACCCUAGCAUUGGGUAAAUACAUGCGUCGAUGCAGUUUAAUUCAUUAAUAAACCUUUAUUUACCUCAUUUAUUGAAAGUGCCCAAGAUGUUUAACUGAAAUAACAGCAAAUAACCAUGUCAAAAUUUCGUACUUUUUUGUUCUUGUGAGAUCAUCAAUAUUUAUUAUAAUGAAGUAAAAUGUGUGUAAAUUUUCUUCUCACAUUUUCCGUUUGUUUGGGGGUUUUGGUUCUUGGUGGGGGUGGGGG